AAGGAGCUAUGGGAGCCUACGCUUGAGACUCUGUUCAGCUUGCGCAAUGGCCGUGAUCCCCCUACCAACGUUAGAGAGGCAUGGGCCUUGGAUUGGCAGAGUCAUGGAGAUUCCGCUGUUUUGAACACGUCUGCUCUCAAAGCAAGGCGUGAAGGCCUCACAAUUGCAGACUGGGCCCACGCCAUAGUCGCCUUUCUGCGCAGCCCCCACAUUGCAGGACAGCGUUUGGUUGCCAUCGGGCACUCUGCAGGAGCGACUGCGCUGAUGUACACCACCAAGCUGCUACCUCCAGAGCACCUGCCAUACGCGGGCAUUAUUCUGGUUGAGGCGCCUCUGAUUGAUAGAGACGUUUUCGAGAAAAACCGGAAGAGACAACAGAUGACAAUCAAAGCGGUACAGAAGGCUGCAACGUCGCGCCGCGAUGUUUGGUCAAGCAAAGAACAGGCCCUCGAAUGGCUUCGCAGCCGUAGACCUUGGAGCACUUGGGACGCCCGAGUUCUCGCGCUGUAUGGAGUGCGUUCCCUGUAUAUUCUGAAUAUAUCAUGCGGUCAUGAUACAUUCAUCCACAGGAGUACGGCAUGUGCCAGGCGCCAGGUGCCCCGCCCGGCUUUGUGUCAACGAAAUGCGACAAGAUGGAGGAGGCUAACAACUACGGCGACGUUGAAAACACGUACGAGGCAACGGAGCAGAUAG